CCAGGCCACACUUUCUCCGACAGCAAGGCUCGGCAGCCGUCGACAUGUCAGCCUGCCCAUUGUUGACGCUACACUGGCUGCAGCGGUUUGAUCAGAGCGCGUACGCUCGUAGCCAGCCGAGCCCAUGCACUGCCUCAAGUCGUCCCGAUAGCACCAUCUCGGGCUCGUCGGCGAUCCGUCUGCCCGUAGAGAUAGCAGAGGAGAUCAUCGAGCAUCUUGUCUACGGGGAUGAGGCACCUUCCAAGCAAUUGGCUACCCUCGCGCUUGUCUGUCGCGAGUGGCGAGUCAUCGUACAGGAACGCUAUCUUUUUGGCCGGCCGGUUCUCUUGUCAGAUAAUGCCCUGGUCAGGUACAACGCCGCCUUGGAUACGUUCUCGCACAAGGUCGCCGAUAUGCUCAUUGAUUUGACCUAUACGAAUCGUUUCAUCUUAUCAUACGCACGGCCUCAGCCAGGCUCAUACUGCACCCUCGUACUCAACCAGAUCCUAUGUCGGGCGCACAAUCUACGCAGACUGCGCCUGAGAGGACGUGAGGGCGGCACAUGGACCAAAGGAUCCUGUGCGAUCCUCGCAUCCGCAUGUCCACUCAUCGACGAGCUCGAGCUAGACACUGUCAUCGAGAGCACAGACGCAUCCCUCAGUGCCACCCUCGAGCUCUUUGGCAGUGCAGCCUUGCGCUUGCUCAAGCAUCUGACCAUCAGGAGCGCUGCUGCCUUGCACGUCGAGCCUGUCCCACUUUGCACGCGUCUACCUGUGCCAAAGGGACUGUAUAAUCUGCAAAGUAUCGUCUUGACCAAUCUCUUCGUACUCGCCGACGAUAUUGGCUACCUUGUCAGCUGCUUUGCAGACAGCCCGGUCAGCAGAAUCGAGAUCCGAGAUGUCUCCUGGGCGCCCACUACUUUGCCGCCAAGUUGGCCGCUGCGCAGUGCUUGUCUGACGACCAUCUGUCCAAUGUUGCGCGACGACGUUCUGCUGCCUUUCAGCGAGCUCGAGGACGUCACACUUUCGGCCAUGACGAUCCCGCUUAUCUAUCAUUGUCAUCCUCAAGCAAAUAUCAAGCGUAUUACGUUCGACUUUAAUCCUCUUCGUUCGCUCACUGUCUCGACUGUCGAAUUGGCACUGUCCACAACACCAAGCAAGGCUGCUCGCCCGCCGAAACUCGAAUAUCUACACCAUGAAAAAUUGUCCGUUCGUAAUCCAAUAAAUGAUUGUUGA